AUGACGGAACGUUCUCAAAAAGAAAAGAAAGUUUUCCGCACAAUGGAAAACGACAGUGUCGUUUUUCGAAACGGAAAUCCAGUUCUCGUCGCUCAGCCACUCACCGUUGUUCGUGCGCUAACCAGCAACGGCGGCGCUCGCGUUCUUGCAACGCCUCCUAAUCCGAACCCUAACUCCGACGAGUUCAAACCUUUCAAAGCCCCGUUGAUUAAAGAAGAUGUCAAACUACAUAUUCGAACUGAGGAAGAAGCUGUGAAUGUCAAUGUGGCUUGUGAGACACAUGAAUCGGCUACCGUUGAUCCAAUUAAUGAAACAACGCGGAUUCAACCAAAUGAAGAAGCUUCCAAUGAGAAGGUAAUAGAUAGUGAUGAAUCGGAGGUGCUGAAGGUAGUGAAAGGGAACCGAGCUGUUAAUGAUGGAGUGAGGGUUUUGAAUGUGGUGAAGAAAGCGGCAGUGGAAGAGAAGAUUCCGAAUCUUGAGGAUGGUGAGUUUCCUGUUGAACCUGGGUGGUCAUUGCUUGGAAGGAAGAUUGAGGUUGCUACUUCCACAGCUAAAGGAUUGAGGAGAUUAGUGGAUAAUGAGAUUGUUUAUUUCAAUUUCCCUGCCCCAAAUACCUCUUACAAGUUCCAAUGGAUUGUUCGUGUCUCAACCAAACGUUCUGGAGUGGUUGGGAGGCUGCCAAUGGAAUGGGCAAAAUCUGUCACGCCUCUUGUGCAAACUGGAAAUGUUAGGGUUCGAGGCCGAUGCAUUGCCACACCACAUAAAUUGGAAAUGAUGCAAGAAAUAAUGCUGUUAGUGAGUUUUUAUGUUCAUCAAUCUGUAUUCUCGGAGUCUGUUGAUACCUCUUGGAGGCUAGAGGCUUGUGGCCACAUUAACUCUGCUGCUUACCCGCUCCUUACACUGUUAAAAAUGCUAGAGAUUGAGCCAUAUAGGAAGGCUGAUUUCACCCCUGAGGAAAUGAAGGCAAGGAAACGGGUUCUUAGACUUGAUUCAGAUGACGCUUCUGUUUUGCCUGUUAAUAAGCGAAGGAAAGGUGUCUCUGAGCCACUUCCAGAGCCAAAUGAGAAUGAACAAGCUCUUUCAGAGUCAGCUUUGAAUAAACUUAUUGGAGCUGCUGAAGUAUUUGACCUAGAGGAGAAGGAAGCACCAAAAACUCUGAUGUGUAGUCUAAAGCCUUACCAGAGUCAAGCUCUGUAUUGGAUGACAGAAAUUGAGAAGGGAGCUGAAGAUGAAAAUGCUGAUAGAAAUCUACAUCCUUGCUGGUCAGCCUACAAUAUUUGCAAUGGAAGGACAAUUUAUGUGAACAUAUUUACUGGGGAGGCGGCAAAGAAAUUUCCACAAGCAACACAGAGAGCAAGAGGAGGAAUUCUGGCGGAUGCAAUGGGACUUGGGAAGACUGUCAUGACAAUUGCUUUGAUUCUAAGUAAUCCAGGCAGGGUGAAAUCAGAAGACACUGAUGCAGAGAACCCAUAUGACAACAUUUUCUCAACUAAGAGGAGGAAUAUUAACCCAUUGCAUAAUGUAGAGGGUGGCACUCUGAUUGUUUGUCCAAUGGCAUUAUUGGGUCAAUGGAAGGACGAGCUUGAAACACAUUCGAAAUCAGGCAGCAUAUCCAUAUUUGUUCAUUAUGGCGGGGGUAGAACUGAUAAUGUCAAUUUGUUGUUAGAGUAUGACGUUGUCUUGACAACUUAUGGUGUCCUAUCAGCUUCAUAUAAAAAUGAUGGAGAGAAUAGCAUCUACCACAGGGUCCAAUGGUUCAGAGUGGUGCUAGACGAAGCUCAUCAUAUUAAAGCCCAUAAAAGUCAAGUUGCCCAGGCUACUAUUGCCCUGUCCUCACACUGCCGCUGGUGUCUAACUGGAACGCCGCUUCAGAAUAGUUUGGAAGAUUUAUUCAGUCUCUUGUCUUUCUUGCGCGUUGAACCAUGGUGCAGCUGGCAAUGGUGGACUAAGUUGAUUCAAAAGCCCUAUGAGCAGGGUGAUCAAAGAGCCCUGAAAUUGGUCAAGGGAAUUUUGAGGACAUUGAUGUUAAGAAGAACCAAGGAAACAAAGGAUAAAGAAGGAAGGCCUAUACUUGUCCUGCCACCAACUGAUAUUCAAUUGAUUGAGUGUGAACAGUCAGAAUCUGAACGGGACUUCUAUGAUGCUCUCUUCCUGAGAUCUAAAGUCCAAUUUGAGCAAUAUGUUGCACAAGGAAAGAUUCUUAACCACUAUGCAAAUAUCCUUGACCUACUAAUGCAGUUAAGACGGUGCUGCAACCAUCCACUUUUGGUCAUGAGUGGAAGUGAUCCUGCAAAGUAUGCAGACUUGAGCAGACUUGCAAGAAAAUUCCUCGAUUCUCAUUCUGAAUCAUCUGAUAUGCGUUGCGAAACUGAUACACAACAAAAUGCAAAAUUGAACAAACUUGCUAGUAGAUUCCUACAGAAUUCUAUGUCUUCUUCCAAUUCUAUUCAAUCUCAUGGAUACAUUGAUGAGGUUUUGGGUCAUCUUCAAAAGGGUGAAAUUGAAGAAUGCUCUAUAUGUUUGGAAUCACCAGAAGAUCCUGUUUUUACACCAUGUGCACAUCAGUUUUGUAGAGAAUGCCUCUUCAAUUGCUGGGGUACCUCAAUGGGCGGCAAGUGUCCAAUCUGUCGUCAAUUACUCAAGAAAAGUGAUCUUAUUGUACUUCCAUCAGAAAGUCCAUUCAAGGUUGAUAUUGAGAACAAUUUGACGGAGUCUUCAAAAGUUUCAAAGCUGUUUGAAUUCUUAGAACAUAUUCAGAAAUAUUCUGAUGAAAAAAGUAUUGUUUUUAGUCAAUGGACUUCAUUUUUUGAUCUGUUGGAAAAUCCAUUGAGGAGGAGAGGGAUAGGAUUCUUAAGAUUUGAUGGAAAAUUGACUCAGAAGCAGAGGGAAAAAGUUCUGAAAGAAUUUAACAACACAAAAGAGAAAAGGGUUUUGUUGAUGUCACUCAAAGCUGGUGGUGUAGGCUUAAACUUGACUGCUGCCUCAAAUGUUUUCCUUAUGGAUCCAUGGUGGAAUCCUGCAGUCGAGGAGCAAGCAAUAAUGAGGAUUCAUCGCAUUGGGCAAAAGCGAAGGGUUACUGUAAGAAGAUUCAUUGUGAAGAACACAGUGGAAGAUCGUCUGCAACAAGUGCAAGCCAAGAAACAGAAGAUGAUAUCUGGUGCACUCACUGAUGAUGAGGUUCGGACUUCCAGGAUUCAUGACCUCAAAAUGCUAUUCUCAUAG